GUAUACAUGAUCAACAAUGCUAUGUCCAUAUCCACUCGGAUAUUUUCAGGACAACUUGGGAACCGCGAUCAAAACAUCCAAUUAUUUGCUUAUGGCCUUAUGGCGGUCUAGGAAUGGGGAGUGCAGUGGAAACACUUUGUGGACAAGCAUCACUUGUGCUGAGUUUUUCUUGGUGGAUUGUUGUGGUGGCUCAAUUUAUAUACAUAUUGAGAAGUGAAAGGUGUAAAGCUACUUGGACAGGUUUUCGACGGGAGGCCUUUAGUGGAUUAUGGCAAUUUGUGAAGUUAUCGGCUGCUUCAGCUGUUAUGUUGUGUUUGGAGAAUUGGUAUUUUCAGAUUCUAGUGUUGCUUGCUGGUUUACUCAAGAAUCCUGAGCUUGCCUUAGAUUCUAUCUCUGUUUGCAUGUCAGUGAAUGGGCUGAUGUUCAUGGUUUCAAUGGUGUUCAAUGCUGCUGCUAGUGUAAGGGUGAGCAAUGAAUUAGGAGCAGCACAUCCAAAGUCAGCAGCAUUCUCAGUGUUUGUGGUGACAUUCAUAUCAUUUCUCAUAGCUGUGGUGGAAGCCAUAAUUGUGCUGUGUUUGCGCAAUGUUAUCAGCUAUGCAUUCACUGAGGGUGAAACUGUGGCCAAUGCAGUAUCUGAUUUAUGUCCAUUUUUAGCUGUCACCCUCAUUCUCAGUGGUGUUCAGCACAGUGUUAUCUGGUGUUGCUGUUGGCUGUGGAUGGCAGGCGUUUGUUGCCUACGUGAAUGUAGGGUGUAAUUAUGCUGUAGGAAUUCCAGUGGGAUGUCUUCUCGGAUUCAGGGAAUAUGGACUGGGAUGAUUGGAGGGACUGUGAUGCAAACCAUCAUUUUGCUUUGGUUCACAUACCGUACAGAUUGGAAUAAAGAGGUUGAGAAAGCUAGAACACGUCUAGACAAAUGGGGAAACGUAAAAGAACCUCUAAACAAGGAAUGAAGGUGGUGAAGAACAUUAGGACUAAGAAUAAAACGAGGAGAUGAGGUGCCAAGUAAUUCUUGCAGUAACCUGCCAGGCCAAAGAAGUGGUCUACAGUUCAGAUUACCAAUGAUUCUGGCACAUCUGCCAAAAGAAAGUUUCAUUCAUCAUUACCUUCGGUCAAUUUCCAUCAAUUAAUCAUAUCAAAUAUGUCAAAACCAUUGUCUGUAUCUGCCAAUUUCUUGUUUGAUUGUGUUACAAAAAUGAACUCCAAUUCUGCAAUUAGGCCAACAACGUGCAAUCAAAUUGAUUCCAUGAGCGUCUAACCAGGAAAAAAAUGAAAACACUGAAAGCAGUAACGGGCUAUGCUU